AUGAAUAUUUUAAUUGGUUAUUUAUUUCUUUUAUUACAAAUAAAGACUAUAGAGUCUAUAAAUAUGAAAAAUAACAAUCAAUUGCAGAAUCAAACACGAAAUGAAAAAAAGAACAUAUUGUUUAAUAUUGAAACAUCAAAUGAUAUUUAUGAUUCAUCAUUAUCGCAUGAAUCUUCGAGAAUUUGUAUGCCUUUGUACAGUUGUUCAUCAAAUGUUAAUGGAUCUGUAUGUGUUAUAUUAGUAGCAGUCUUUAUAUUGAUUAUUUGUCUUCGAUAUCAUUGUUAUGAAUAUUGUCAUGUUAAAAAACAACUUGAUCAACUAUCAUUACAAAAAUCAAGAUUAUACGUGCCAAAUAACUUUCCUGUACAGCAUUGGAAUAGUUUUGUGUGA